AUGGCAACCAGUCCUCUUCUUACCGCUUUCAAUGUCGCUAUCGGAUGCUCAGCCAUUCUCGGAAACGGUUUGGUGAUUUUCGUCAUGACGGUCAGACGUAAACAGUUCAGCUCCUUCACUAACCGACUUAUCCGUCACCAAUCCAUCAUCGACUUCGUCUCUGGUUUGGUGUUUCUCCUCAUGACUGGAAUCGAACAAAGUUCUCUACUGACAAUGUUGGAAGCUAACAUUUUCACCGAUAUCAUAUGUCGAUUUGUUGACUCUCAUUACUUUAUAUGGGCAGUCAAUGUCGCAUCCACGUACAACCUGGUGGUGAUAUCGCUGGAGCGUUUUCUUGCCACGUGUUAUCCGGUCAAACACCGCAACUACUGCUCACUCUUCAAGAUCAAAGUUUCAAUGUGUGCUGCUUGGAUCAUUGGUUUUGCUUAUGCACUGGUAUUUCUGUUCUUAUACCAUGUAAGCGAUGGGAAGUGCGACUUCAAUCCGAACAACGCAAAGAUCUUCAGAGUUUUUGUCUUUAGUUGGUCUUUUCUCGUCGAAUAUAUCGUUCCGGUGAUCUUCAUAUCGUUUUCGUACGUUAGAAUACUCCUCGUUCUUCGCCACAAACUUGACAAUGCUGACGCCAAUCAGCAAAAUGGCGUCUUGAGUAAGGCCAAGAAAAACGUCAUCAUUACAAUGCUGAUCGCUGGUUGCAUGUUUUUCAUUUGCUGGUCUCCGAUUCAGAUGUUGCGAUUGUUCUUAAGUACUGAAAUCGUUAAGGGGUUUUCAACAGCAACCGUGAUGGGUGCUGUCAGGGGAUUGGUCAUGUGUAACAUGAGCGUGAAUCCAGUCGUGUAUUGCUUUAAGUACGAGCAUUUCCGCACACAACUCAAUCAACUUGCACGGAGCCGAUUUGGUCGACACCGAGUGCGUCCUGGAGAGGAGUCUAACGAUGUACCCUCUUUGUCCUUAGACCCGAUACAAGAAACUGCAAUAACACAAGCUCUGUAA